UGCUAGUCAGGCCAGUUACAGUGAGUUGUGUGUAAUUUGCAUGUCCUAGAUGCGUCUUUGUCACUCCAUCUUACAUCUCCUCCUCAUUCUCCCUGUCAAACUGUGCAGAAGCUGCAUGAGCUCCAUUUAACUCUGUGAUGGAGGUACAGAUGAGAAUUAUUUUCCUUUUUUUUGUGAUGAUUUCAUCUGCGACGGAUGAAGUGAAGAACCUGACGGGCGCUGAGGGAGGAUCCAUCACUCUACCUGACCCUGUUGUGGAGUUGGGAUUUCUUUCAUUAGGACAAAAGCCUAUUGCUAUGGUGACUGAGAGGAAAAUCACAAUAUUGGAGGAGAUUUAUAAGGACAGACUUCUCUUGAACAGCAACACUGGACUCUUUACACUCUCAGGCCUGCAGAGGACUGACUCUGGGAUUUAUUAUAUUGACUCUAAAAAAGGAAGAGUUUUCAGUAGCUCUUAUAAACUCACUGUGUAUGAGUCUGUCCCGACUCCUGCAGUGAAGGUAACAAGUGUGAGCGCUGACAGCUGCACCUUACUGUGUUUAGUGGAGAAAGCCGAAGAGACGUCACUGUUGUGGUACAAAGACGAGGAAAUAGUGAACCAGAGCAGCUCUGCGCUCUCUCUGCCUCUCACAGUACACAAGCAGGACUUCAGCUCCUCUUACAGAUGUGUGGCAGCCAACCCUGCUGAAAAUAAGACUCAUGCAGUCCAUGUUACCACAUCCUGCAGUGGACAAAACGACACGGAGACAAACACAAGACAUCGUAAGACCGAUUCUAACACUGAAUACAAAAAUAUGAUCGGAUUUGCAAUCUCAAUAGUGGCUACUGUAAUUAUUAUACUUGUUGCCUGUAACAUCAAGUGGAAACAUUUUGACAAGACAACCAGGAAAACACACGGCAGGCCCCUCCCACCAAACCCACAAGCAGGACGCCGGCUGCCCUGCGAAACCUCCUCCUGCGUAGGGGUCGCUCUCUAUGGUCAAAGUCUCACCAUGACCCCGGUCCCUCGCUCAGGCUUCAGAGGCAGCUGCGACUGGGAUGGGAGAAUAUCGUAGCGGGUAGUAUCUCCACAACUAACCUCUCAAACAGCUUCACAUUCCUGAUGGACGAGGCUCUCUCCGUCCAUGCGAUGUCUCUGGCCCCAUCUCCUCCACCUGGGGCCUCUCCACCUGUGGCUAGCCAAACUAGCCAACCCACCACCGCUCCUGAUCUGGCUGCGCACCUCCGCACCACAGACUCUCCGGCCGUCAUCAUCAGACUCUCAGGAAGUCUCCCUCGGGGCCGAGCCACUUCACCACCGUCCGCCUGGCAGACCCCCAGCCGGAAUCGCCGUCCCAAAUGCAGAAAGAGGUGGCGGAGCAUCCGCUAUCAUGUCCUGGCAGCUCGCACACGUCACCUUUGUUUAUAAAAUUGUAUUUUGCCUUAUUAAAACUAAGAGAAUUGUCUGUAUUUAUGCAUGUGUAACUGCCGUCCAUUAAAAACUUGUACUGCAUGUUCUUUUGUGCUGCUUCCUGGCCAGAGCUCUAUUGCAAAAGAGAUUUUAAUCUCAAAGACACUCACCUGGUUAAAUAAAGGUUAAAAAAGCA